GUCACGUGACUCAUGUCGCUUCAUGUUCCAUGUUCGAAACCCGCUCUUGAGUCUCGACUUGGGAACUGUCUAACUUAACUCCUUCAUCUUGGACUACGCUUGCCUCAAUUGACCUAGAUCGAGUGCAAUACUCUGCUCACUACAGCAUAGAGGCAGCCAUCGUGGCCUUGGGUCACCAUGACUCGUGAGUAUCCCCGACUCCGCUUCCCUCAAGGCUGAAAGUGAUCCCCAUCGCCCAACUCUCUGAUGCUUCAUUCUGAUCGCGAUUUUCCUCGCUUCUCUUCCUCCACUUGCCGACUGCGAUGGGUAUCCACGGACGCCCUUUUGAAUCAUCUCGGUUGUUCCCAAAUUUUGUCUGCAUAUGUAGGCGGUAACCAACGCGACAGAGAUAGGGAAAAGGCGCAGAAGAAGGCGGCUGAUCAGAACAAAGGCAAGCAGAAGAUGAGUGCCUCGUCCUUGGCGCAGAAGCGUGAAGCGGACGCUGAAGCUGUCAGGAAGAAGAUGGAGGUGAGUAGCUUAUGGGAUAUACAUUAUUUGUCUCUCAGAUGCAAAAGUGUUUCUUAAUCAUGACCGGAUUGCUGACAUGCAAGCAUGGUAUGGUCGUUGCAUCAAGGCUAAAGCAGCGAAAGCGGCCGCGGAAGGAGGAGGCGGAGGGGGCAAGAGGUAGCGCUUUGCGCGACACGCUGUCGCUUUAUGCUGCUUCAUCACGCUGAAUCGUCUUCAUUCGCCGGUUCCAAGCGACUGAUACCCUUCAGAGCUAAAUUUUCGUCAUGUAACGACUCAAUGCAUUGCAUUUUCUGGAGCAAGGUUAUGAUCUAGUGAG